CGGACCUAAUCUUGAGACCGGAGGUCGUAGACAAUGAUCUAGAGCUAUUGUAAGUAGUAGAUAAGUGGCAAUCUCUUUGUGCGUUUCACUGCAUAUCGAUAAUUCAAAUCCUAAUCAAGAUGGCGACCACUUCAAUUCAGGCAUCAAAUCUGUUCAAUGUAGAUGGCAUUGUUGCGGUAAUCACAGGAGGAGGAUCAGGAAUUGGAUUGAUGAUGGCAAGAGCUUUGGCUCUCAAUGGUGCACACAAAGUCUAUAUCAUUGGCAGGCGGAAAGAAGUUCUCGAGAAAGCAGCUCAAUCGGUCAAUACAAACAAUAUUAUUCCGCUGGUUGGAGACGUCACCUCGAAGGACAUUUUAUCCUCCCUCGUUUCUAUCAUCAAAUCAGAAGUCGGGUAUAUAAAUGUUCUCGUUGCCAAUUCAGGAAUACUUGGUCCCCAAAAGUCCAUACCGAUCACAGCCGAGUCGAGUAUCGCGGACUUUCAGAAAGCCUACGGAGAUGCUAGUUUCGAAGACUAUGCAAGCACAUUUGAGUUGAACACUGUUGCUGUAUGGUUUACUGUUGUCGCGUUCCUUGAACUUCUCGAUGAGGGCAAUAAGAAAGGAAACGUCGAGCAGAAAAGUCAGGUAAUUGCCACGAGUAGUAUUGGUGGCUUCAAUCGUGCUGUCCCAGGUGGCUUCGCGUAUGGACAGUCUAAAGCUGCUACGACGCAUUUGAUGAAGCAAUUAGCAACAGGAUUGGCGCCAUUUGGGAUACGAUCCAAUACUCUCGCCCCAGGGUUGUUUCCCUCUGAGUUGGCAGCCGGCAUCAUCGGGAACGGUAUUUUUUCACGAUCUGUGAUUCCUCUCGAGAGAGUCGGUACUGAAGAGGACAUGGCUGGUGUUAUCUUGUUCCUCACAAGCAGAGCUGGUGCAUACUUGACUGGUACAGUAUUACUGGUCGACGGAGGAAGACUCAGUCUAAUGCCCGCAACGUAUUGACAGUCUUACGUUCGCAUGGUAUGCUGAUGUAUUUCUGAAGGAUGAUACAUAUAUAUUUUACGGAAAUUGAACACGUCUACUUUCACCCUCCUUAUUCACGAUAGCAAAGUCUGAGUUCGUGUUCAUCGAUGGACUACGUCCAUUUGUCUCGAGAAAGGAUGUCAUUGCUUGCUAAAGAGACAGAAGGCCAGGUUGGCGUGGGACACAGUCUACUUCAGGAAACACUCCCAAUGUCCUGCAGCAGUAAUGGAGGAGUUGCCGCGUGAUAAUGUCGAAGUUCGGUCGAAGUGGCCAAAGAAGAAUGACCAUCUGCCAAUUUUUCCUGCCCCAGCACCUCGACACACGAUCGAUAUGGUGGGCUGCGUCGUAAUCAGACAGUAUAAGACUGAACAUGUAGCAUCAUGCAGAUAAGCAUGCCAUGCUUUUUUGUACUGCCCGUUGACAACUCACGAGGGGAGAAGAUUCUUCUGCUGCAUAUGCAUCCUAGAAUGUUGUCGCAGAUCAUCCAAACGAACCCCAGAUAUAGGCUUCGAGAUUCACUUGGUAGACAAAAAAUAAUGACUGUCAAACGAUUUGUCAUGUCGGACAUAGUAUAUUUGGGCCUGUACAGAUAGAUGCGGGCUGGUAGAUCUGCUCGGCGAAACUACUUGUUUAGCCUCCGGUGUCAGUUGUAACACUUCCGCAUGGGAUUAUCCGAAGUUGUUCACUAUCAACGAUUGUGAGCCUCACAGACCUCGGAAUAUGCCUAUUUCGGAGAGGCGGAAUGGACACGCCUGCACGCGCGGAUAGAGUCUAUGGUUGUCGCCAUGUCAGUCAUCCAGUUAGCUGGAUGUAUAUGAGAUACAACACGACCAUUUACGCUUAUCGUCACUGUUGCUGCACGGCGGCCGGACAUAUGUCUCUUAUGGACCCGUAUCAGUGCAUAUCGAUAGUUUCCAACUCUGACAACACUUAUGUCCGGGGAGACCAAGACUGGCAUUGAGGUUGCUGAUAUCCAAAGGAUGUGGACAUGCU